UUAAAAAAGCAUGAAUAUUGAUUGUUAUCAGUCCAGAUAUUUAGUUAAAUUUCCUUUCAGAUUUGGACAAAAUGCAUGCCUCAGUUUUCUAUUCACUGUGGCCCCAAAGCAUAGCAAUUAAUGGUUUUUUUCUUAUGUACUGUAGUUACUGUAGUUUGGGAGAGGAGAAAUCUAUAAUUUUCCAGAUGUUGAACCAUUUUCCUUUAUUCCUAACAUAUUGUGCUGUUUGAGAAUUAGAUUUUAACAAUAUGGAAAAGUCAGAGAUUCUCAGUCUACUCAUGCUGAUCUUUUUUACCUAUAUUAGAAAAUACCGUAAGUUGGUUUAGGAUUUCCUAAACCAACUUAGUGCUGUCUUCUGGCUUUAAAACAGUAGGCAAAAAGCAUAUCUGAUAAUAUUUUAGACAGAACGUGAACACUGCAAGUUAAUAGUUGCAUAAAUACUAAAAUAACUUCAAUAACUAAGAUGAUAAGGGGAAAUAGCUAUCUUGGUUAUGUUGCUUUCAAAUGUCAGGUAUGCCAUAUUGAAAUCCCAUAUAGGGAGUAUUGAGGGUGGAUGCACACUGCUGAGCGCAGGCGGGGAGGGCGAGGGUGCUUAUGGAUAUGAGAUCUGUAAUGGGGUUCCCAGGAGAAAAAACAGGAGCAACUUAGGAGAAUGACUUGAAACCCACCCUGCCAGCUUCCCUAUUGACUUUGCUUAUGGGAAUCAACAGGGAAGAUCACAAAUGGCAAUCACAGAACCACUCUCAUUGCAAUGUUAUAAUGCAAGCCAGGCACUGAGCGCCUGGAUUGUGAUAACUUGACUAUGAGGAUCCUGCAACAGUCACAACUAUGGAUCAGUGAAAGUCAGUUUGGCAUUUUGUUACCAGGCUGGACACCAGGAAACUGUGAAUUCUUGCCUGCCUUAGUCAUGAAAACCAGCUGAGUGAUUUCAGACCAGUCAAACUUUCUUAUUCCAAUUCACCUAACAAGUUUGUUGCUGUAGGGAAAAUAGGAGGAGGAAGAAGAAUUAGCUUUACAGAAGAAAUAAUAAAUUCAGCAGGGUAGAUACAUUUUUAUAGCUGACGCCAGAAGAUGGAACCUCCUGAGAUUACCAUAAUUGAAGGUGUGGGAGAUGAAGUGACUGUGGUGGCUGGUAUAGUGGUCCUUAUUAUGGCCUUGGUCCUGGCCUGGCUUUCUACGUAUGUUGCAGAUGGUAGCAACCAUCUUCUAGGAACUGUUGUGGCUACUGGAGAUUCAUCAGUGAUCCAUCUGAACCCCAUUGAAAAUUAUGUGGGAAAUUCUAUUUCUGAACAAUCUGAGCCACAGAAUGUUACAGAAAAUACUGAAGAAAAGGCAGAUGAAGGUUCUGCUUCUGGCACCAGUCCUUCGGUAGAGCAAGUUGAAAAUGGCAGUGGCUCUGAUGCUGCUUUAGACUGUCUAUUGGACAUUCAGGGUCUGCCACAAAGGACCUUUUCAAUAGAUGGUGUUUCUCAGGAAAACCAGGGAGUUCCACAAACAGUAGCCAAUAUGGAGGAGAGUGAGCCAAACCCAGGCUUCAUCAAAGUGCGUCUCAAAUUCCUCAAUGAUACAGAAGAAGUGGCUAUUGUAAAGCCAGAAGACACCAUAGGCAUACUGAAGAGCAAAUAUUUCCCAGGCCAGGAAAAUCAGAUGAAAUUUAUCUACCAGGGUCAGCUGCUCCAAGACCAGGCACGGACUCUGCAGUCCCUCAAUAUAUUGGACAAUUGUGUAAUCCACUGUCAUCUCUCCCAGACUGUUUCUGCCAUUCCUGACACUGUGGUAGCACCAUCGGAAGCUGGGGGUAUUACUUUGAGCAUGAGUGACUUGAUGAUGCCCAUUUUUAUGCUGAUGCUGGCAGUGAUCUGGUAUUUCCGCAUCAACUAUCGCCAGUUAUUCACAGCACCUGCCACCAUUUCCUUGGUUGGAGUGACUGUAUUUUUUAGUUUUCUUGUUUUUGGGAUGUAUGGACGGUGAGCAGCUAUUGGGCAAAAAAAAUUCAGCUACCUUCUCAACCAAAAUGCUUUUUAUCUGAUAUGCUCACUUGUUAAUAACCUACAGCACCAAGAAAUGCUCUUACCCAGAAUUCUACACAAAUUGAAAAAAGGCUCUACAUUUGAAAAAAAAAUCUUAACUUAAUUUCUACAAUUUCUGUGGUGACGUCUGGAUACUUUUGAAACCAUUAGUAAAAGAUGAAGAUAUGACACAUGAAGAAGAAUAAGGCAUCAUUAGUUCCUCUGCUUUCCAUUACUUGGUUUUCACUUAAAACAUAAUUCUCUUCCAUAAUCUAUGGAACUCUAAGAACAAUUUGGCUGAUCCUAUCAGUUUUCUUCAUACAUCUAAUUCUACAAUGGUUAGAAAGUUAUUGACAAUUGGCCUGAAAUCCAAUUCCUGUCUUAUAUGCCCUUGGAAAUCUUUCAAAUCCCCUAAUAGAGGAGGGUUUUUAGCUUAAGCAUUUGCCUAAUUAAUUUGUUGCUUCUUGGACAAGCAUGGAAGGAAUGAUCUUGAUGGAUAUUUCUUUUAUUAAUUCCACUGUGUCCAAUUAUCUAGUGGUAAAGCAAUGAUCCAGUGCACUUCAUGAAUGCCAAUGAGUGGAACAAAUGGAAUAUGUAUUGCAGUUCACAUAGAUUAAUAUUGCAAAAUCAGGUAUUUUUGAACUGUGUUCUGACGAUAUCAGGCUGUACAUUAGCUGGGGACUACACAUUUAGUCAGUCCCUGCCAGAAAUAUGCAUGCAUAUCGAUGGGUAAAGCAGUGAGUUGAGAUUGCAAACUGGAUGCCUAUUUGGUGCACUUUGCACUUGCUUGAGAAAAGGUAACAGCUGCACUUAGAGCUUCCUAUCAACUGUUUAGGCAGUUUGUUUACCUUUUGUAGGUAAGUUAUAUGUUGACAUGUGCCUGCCCAGUCAAACAGAGGAAAAGUCUGCCUGCUAUCAUCAAUAUUUUUGAAUGUUAUUCAUAUGUAGGUUAAUCUAGUUAGUUUUAAACUCCAUUGAUUCUAUUUUCUUUGAAGCAUGAUUACUUCAAAUAAAUUUCCUUGUAGAUAGGAGUUAAUCAAAGUGUUAAAAGUUAGGUUACAGCCAUGGAAUUCACUGCUACAAUUCCUAGAGUCUGAGCUACAAUUAUUACUGAGAGCAGGACUUUCCAUUGGAAAGAAAUAUUAUUUUAAAGAUAGGAUUAGAUAUUAGACUAGUUCCAAAGUUGUAAGCAAUCUUAUUGGUCAAGAGGAAUAUUAUGUUUUUAGACAUCAUGGUUACAGAGAAGCUCAUGUUAAAUUGUAGACUUAAACAUCCAAUUUAAUUACCAGUGCCAAGCAGAAAUGUCUAAAUGCUGCUCAAAGCUACCCUGUAAUGCUUUCAACUGCUGUAGCUUCUAAAAUCAAGGCAUUAAUAACAGAUUAACAGAAAUGUUUUUUGACCUGAGGCUUGCUAGAUGCUUUGGAAUGUAAAAGACUGUACAAAGUUGUUCUUGUUAAGUCAUUUUUUCUAACCUUUCUGGCUACUUCAGAACUGCGCUUGUGGGCAUGCACACAGAGUUAGCAGUGAAGUAACUAUGCAUGUACAUGAAUAGGGAUACAACUGGCUGCCUCCAAAGAAGUUGUCUAAAUCAAGAAAAACGACAUUACUGUUGGAAAAGAAGUACUCCAUUUAUGUUUCUGUACACUAAAAAGUACUCUUGGGGAAUUUGUACCGCUCUAAUUUAAAGUACAUCUUUGCUUGAUAAGUUGUCUGAAAUGUAUACUUCUUGUAAAAAAGAAAAAAAAUGUAUAAAUAUUGCUGGAAAUUGUCUUUUCUGUGCAUUCAUUCUAAAUUAAAGACUAGAGGGAAAGUAAAAGCAAACCUGUAAAUAACUAAAUAAUUUCAAUGGUUAGAUGGGACCAUUUUGCUAAUGCUUAUUCAUAGCAGGUAAAAUAUUUCUAAAUGACUUAUUUGAAUAUACUUGCAAGUCUGUUGUAGAAAAUAAAGACUUCCAUAGCAAAGUGUAUUUAUUUAUACA